AUGGAAUACUUUGAUUUCGAAGACGCAUCCGAUGCCAUCACGGCAUUGGACCUGGACGACUGCUCUUCACUUCGGGGCCAGGUCAACGAGGCGGAAGCGUCUGAGAACUACGAAUCACUCUUCUUUGACAAGUCGAAUGCCCUCCCGGCACCACGCCAGUCGGCUCCAGGCAUCAUCAAGCUGAAAUUGAUCAACAAUGUCGAAAUCGAGGCGAUUCCACACACCUCGGACCUCUCUACGGAUUUCCCCAUCUUUCGAGCCAAAGAAUCGUGUGAUCUUUGCGCGAGGAUGGGGCUGGACUGCUUCCUGGCGAGCAGAGGCACCAUGAUUACCGGCUGCACGUGCUGCAUCUCUUUGUAUCGAGAAUGCAGCUUCGUGCAUCCUAAAAUCCCAAAGGGGUUCGUCAGCACCUUCCCGGGGAUUACGGAAGAUCAACAAGUCUGCGAGGGCGGCUUGACUGAGCGACGGAAGGCGAUGAGAUCGAUGGAAGAAGGACGUGGACGCAAGACAGGCGCGCGAUUUCCCCGAGAUGCCGUCAAGAUCUUGAAGCAAUGGCUCGCCGAACAUGCCGAUCAUCCAUACCCGAAUGAACGGGAAAAGGAUGAACUCAAACAGGUCACCGGCCUGAAGAGAAGCCAGAUUUCAAACUGGUUGGCCAACGCCCGGAGACGAGGCAAAGUCAGGCCUGUCUCGGGACCAUCGUCGCCCAUGCUGGGAGCCAUUGACGUCCCGCAGAAACGCGAGAACCCUGAUAUCACCGAGCUGAAUCCCCUAGACCGUUGGAAGGCCUCGCCGCCGGAACACGAACCUGCUUCCAUGACGGCCAUUGCCAGAGCCGUCACUUCGACGCCACUCCCGGUCAGGAAGUCUUCUCAAGUCAGCCUUCAAGGCUCCUGGGCCGGGUCGAGACCCAGUUCGAAGAGAACGUCGAGUGAGGACGACUCGUCUUUCUCCAUGUUCCGCGCCCCGUCGGUGAGCAGUUUCGGAACGCGAGAAUCCAGCAACAGUGACCUCACCUUUGCCUCGUCGCGAUCCAACCGCUCCAAAGGGUCGUUUGCGUCGUCCCAAGAUCGCCGGAGGCGCAGAAGGGCGCCCAUGACCCAACGCACGGCGACCCAGCAAGCCAAAUCUCGAAGUGCGAGGAUCUUCCAGUGCACAUUCUGCACGGAUUCCUUCCCAGCCAAGUACGACUGGCAGCGCCACGAGAAGUCGUUACAUUUGGCAUUGGAACGCUGGACAUGUUGUCCCAACGGCGGCACCAGCGUUGAUGCCCUGACCGGCGUGGAAAUGUGCGUUUUCUGCCGCGAGCCAAACCCCAGCACGGCACAUCUGGAGAUGCACAACUUCACGGCCUGUCAAGAGAAGACGCUGCAAGAACGCACCUUCUACAGGAAAGACCACCUAAGCCAGCAUCUGAAAUUGUUGCACAACGCCAAGGUGCAGUCGCACAUGGAGUCGUGGAAGACGACGACCAACGAGAUCAAAUCGGCGUGUGGCUUCUGUCCGUCCAAAUUCACCACGUGGCAGCAACGCGCCGACCAUCUGGCCGCGCACUUCCGCAACGGCGCCGACAUGAGCACGUGGUCCAACGGAUGGGGGUUCGAGCCGUACGUCGAGAAACUGGUCGAGAACGCUAUUCCUCCCUACCUGAUCGGCUACGAGCGGUUGACCAUGGAACCGUAUGUUGCGCGUGCGCAGGCGACGUCGGCGUCCAUCACCACCGCCACCACUGCCAACGACGCAGGUCUGACCAACGGCACCACGGCCGCGGACAGCCCCGAGCCGGACCAACUCACCAAAGACUCCAACUGCUGGGGCCGACUGGAGCAGGAACUGACCAAGUUCGUGUCGCAGCAGCGGGCGGCCGGGCGGGUUCCGUCGGACCACGAGAUCCAGACGCACGCCCGCAUGAUUGUGUUCGAGGACGAUGAUCCGUGGAACUGGACGUGCGCCGACAACCAGCAAUGGCUCGACACGUUCAAGUUCCAGCAAGGCCUGAGCGGCUUCACCGAGUCCAUGAGCACGCAGUCGCUGGCCGAGGUGCCCAUCAUGGCCCCCUACGUCAUCCCCGGCGGCUUGAAGUCCAAGGCUGGCAGCACGGCCAGCCAUGGCAGCACGACGGCCCGACAGAAUGCACGAAGGAGUCUGUCGUCGUCCAAGUCAAACGAGUCCAGCUCCGUGCCGGCCGUUGCUCUGGACACUGGCAGUGGCAUGUCGAACCCGGCCAUGGCGACCGGUGCGUUCGAGCAGCCCAUGGACUUCGACUUCGACAGCAUCGACUUUAGCAAUCUCGAUCUCGGCAUGAUGGACGACGUGAACUUCGAUCUCGGUCUGGGUGGGCCGGCAGGGGACAUGAUGGCCUCUCAUACCAACAUCGCCACCACCACGGCCGCAUCGUUUCCAUCUAGCAUCCCCAGCGACGCUGUCUUUGGUUCAUACAGCGUUCCUGCCUCGAUGAGAUUGGGCAUGAGCAGUACAGGCAUGUCUCUGGCACUGCAGCAGGAACAAAAUGGAGCCAACGAAUUCAUGACGAACCAGGAUAUGAAUCAUUUGACAGGCCACGGGGCGGGAACGGGAUAUAUGGGUGGAUUUAAUUGA